AUGCCUGUCCAGCCAUGGCUCACUCAGCUGCUAAAACAACCAAGAUACUCGAGAGAAGAUAUGGAAAGAGAGCCUGGCAAUACCCACGGACAAGCAGCUCGCGAAGACAACUCUCUCAAAUUCUGUGACCAAGAAAUAGAUUUGCCUGCAACGACUUCAGACUCCAGACGAUACACGCAAACCAAUUGUCCUGUUCACAACCAACAAUUUCCAGAACCUCCUCGCCGAAAAAUUCCUCCUGGGGUACACCCCUCUCAACGGCUUGAAUACACUCCGUCCUGCGAUCUUCCAGUGGGAAUGUCAGGAGGCUGCAGAGUUGGGACUUCUGCCUCCGCAGGGUGCAUUUGUACAUACGAUCCAGAUAUAUUGAACGAUGAGAUGACACGCGAGGUAGAAGUCAUCAUCCAGGAAGCAAAACAGGAAGGAGGAAAACAGGAAGAGAAAAAAUCCACCUAG